UCGUACGCGACUCUCUCUAUCUCUUUAUUUCCUUUGGGAGCAAGGCGGUCUAUCACUUUCAGUCUCUAUAUAUAAUCUUCUUUCAUCGCUCCAUUUUCUCCCACAGUCUCUCUCUCUCUCUCUCUAUCUCCCUGAGAAAACAAGGGACUAAUCGGAAUCGGAAUCUCUUGCGUAUUUGAUUCUUCCGGCGAUUGUUUCGUUGUUUUUUCUUGUCAGAAGAAGCACUUCCUCAUCCCACAGUGACGGGUACAGGUUCUGGUUCUCUAUUUGUGGAGUCAAGGAAGAAUAUGAGCUUUCAAGUCAGGAGAGAUAGGACCGAUGAUAGGUCUCGAUUCAACCCUCAGCAAACGUGGAUUCCUAGAAACGCAUCUACCUCGAGCGUGGUGGUAAAUGAGCCUUUGCUUCCUCCUAAUGAAAGCCUUGAUGCUGCAUCCCGUCCUCUUUAUCUGCAAAGGCAGCAUAACGUUUCUGGUCCUCCGCCCUAUAACCACCACCAAAGGAGUAAUAACAACAUUGGUCCACCUCCACCUAAUCGACAUAGAAGAAAUAAUGCGCCUGAUAACCACCACCAAAGGAGUGAUAACAACCUUGGUCCACCUCCACCUAAUCGUCAAAGAAGGAAUAAUGCUUCUGGAACUCUGCCUGAUAAUCACCAAAGAGUUGCAUCUAGGACGCGGCCUGUGAAUCAGGGGAAAAGGGUAGCUAACGAGGAGAAUAUUGUGUUGACAGACCCAAACUUGCCUCAACUUGUUCAAGAGUUACAGGAGAAGCUGGUGAAGAGUUCCAUUGAGUGUAUGAUUUGUUAUGACAAGGUUGGGCGCUCUGCCAAUAUCUGGUCAUGUUCCAGCUGUUAUUCCAUCUUCCAUAUCAACUGUAUCAAGAGGUGGGCUCGAGCACCAACUUCAAUUGAUUUGCUAGCUGAGAAAAACCAAGGUGAUAACUGGAGAUGUCCAGGUUGCCAAUCUGUACAGUUGACAUCUUCUAAAGAGAUUUCCUAUCAGUGCUUUUGUGGAAAGAGAAGAGAUCCACCGUCUGAUCCUUAUCUCACUCCACACUCAUGUGGGGAACCAUGCGGGAAACCGCUGGAGAAAGAGCUUGCAGCAGCUGGGACGACUAAAGAGGAUCUUUGUCCUCAUGCAUGUGUGUUGCAGUGUCAUCCUGGUCCAUGUCCUCCCUGUAAGGCGUUUGCUCCACCUCGUAGCUGUCCUUGUGGUAAGAAGAUGGUUACUACUAGAUGCUCCGAGCGGAGAUCUGAUCUUAUUUGUGGGCAGCGUUGCGAUAAGCUUCUCAAUUGCGGGCGUCAUCAAUGUGUAAGGACUUGUCAUGUUGGCCCUUGUGAUCCUUGUCAGGUACUGGUUAAUGCCACAUGUUUCUGCAAGAAAAAAGUGGAGACUGUCAUUUGCGGUGAUAUGAAUGUGAAGGGGGAAUUGAAAGCAGAAGAUGGUGUGUAUUCGUGCAGUUUUAACUGUGGGAAGCCUCUUGGAUGUGGUAAUCAUUUCUGUUCCGAGGUCUGCCAUCCGGGACCUUGCGGAGACUGUGACUUACUGCCCAGUAGAGUUAAGACAUGCUAUUGUGGGAAAACACGUUUAGAAGAUCAGAUCAGGCGGAGUUGCUUGGACCCAAUUCCUUCUUGUUCAAAUGUAUGUAGGAAGCUUCUUCCUUGUAGGUUACAUACUUGCAAUGAGAUGUGCCAUGCAGGUGAUUGCCCGCCUUGUUUGGUCCAAGUUAACCAGAAAUGCCGGUGUGGGUCAACAUCAAGGGCUGUGGAAUGCUACAUAACAACUUCAUCAGAGACAGAGAAGUUUGUGUGCGCUAAGCCAUGUGGACGUAAGAAGAACUGUGGGAGACAUAGAUGUAGUGAGCGUUGCUGUCCUCUCUUGAACGGGAAGAAAAAUGAUCUAUCUGGCGAUUGGGACCCACACGUCUGCCAAAUACCUUGUCAGAAGAAGCUGAGGUGUGGGCAGCAUUCCUGUGAAUCUUUAUGUCACAGUGGACAUUGCCCUCCUUGUCUAGAGAUGAUCUUCACUGAUCUUACAUGUGCUUGUGGAAGAACUUCGAUUCCUCCACCACUACCAUGUGGGACACCUGUUCCUAGCUGUCAGCUUCCAUGCUCGAUUCCUCAGCCUUGUGGCCAUUCUGAUACGCAUGGAUGCCAUUUUGGAGAUUGUCCUCCUUGUUCUGCCCCUGUGGAAAAGAAGUGCGUUGGUGGUCAUGUGGUUCUCAGAAACAUACCUUGUGGGUUGAAAGACAUUAGAUGUAACAAGAUUUGUGGGAAGACGAGGCGUUGUGGCAUGCAUGCUUGUGCCAGAACUUGUCACCCUGAGCCUUGUGACAGCUUCAAUGAAUCUGAAGCAGGUAUGCGUGUUACGUGUAGGCAGAAGUGUGGUGCUCCUAGAAGAGAUUGCAGACACACUUGUGCAGCACUCUGCCAUCCUUCCGCGCCUUGCCCUGACCUAAGAUGUGAAUUUUCAGUCACAAUUACUUGUUCAUGUGGUCGCAUAACCGCUACGGUUCCUUGUGAUGCUGGAGGAAGAAGUGCCAACGGUUCUAAUGUUUACUCUGCGGCCUAUGAUGAAGCCUCUGUUUUACAGAAGCUUCCAGCCCCACUUCAGCCUGUUGAGUCGAGCGGAAACCGAAUCCCUCUCGGACAGAGAAAGCUUUCGUGUGAUGAUGAGUGUGCGAAGCUGGAGCGUAAGCGGGUUCUUCAAGAUGCAUUUGAUAUCACUCCUCCAAAUCUGGAGGCAUUACAUUUCAGCGAGAAUUCUGCUAUGACAGAGAUUAUUUCAGACCUUUAUAGGCGUGAUCCAAAGUGGGUACUGGCUGUUGAAGAGCGCUGCAAGUUCUUGGUACUUGGGAAAGCAAGAGGAAGCACAAGUGCCCUUAAGGUCCAUGUCUUCUGCCCUAUGCAGAAGGAUAAACGAGACACGGUUCGGCUUAUAGCUGAGAGGUGGAAACUUGGUGUUAGCAAUGCAGGGUGGGAGCCAAAACGGUUUACAGUGGUUCACGUAACACCAAAAUCAAAACCGCCAACACGGAUCAUUGGAGCUAGGGGUGGUGCUAUCUCGAUAGGAGGGCCACACCCACCAUUCUUUGAUCCGCUGGUGGAUAUGGAUCCGGGACUUGUGGUUUCUUUACUGGAUCUUCCGAGAGAGGCGAAUAUCAGCGCCUUGGUACUGAGAUUUGGGGGUGAAUGUGAGCUUGUUUGGCUGAAUGACAAGAAUGCGUUAGCCGUGUUCCACGACCAUGCCCGAGCGGCCACUGCCAUGAGGAGGCUUGAGCACGGUUCAGUAUACCAUGGAGCUGUGGUUGUCCAAAACGACGGGCAAUCUCCAUCACUUAAUAAUGCAUGGGGAAAAUUACCUGGCGGAUCGGCGUGGGAUGUUCACAAAGGAAAUCCAUGGAGGAAAGCUGUGAUUCAGGAGAGUGAUGACUCCUGGGGAGCUGAAGAUUCCCCCAUUGGAGGAUCAUCUACAGAUAUUCAAGCCUCUGCACAGAGAUCAGCAAAGAGCAACACUCCAAUCGUUACCUCGGUUAACCGUUGGAGUGUUUUGGAGCCCGAGAAGGCCAGCACAUCCACUUUAGAGCCAAUUGCUCAGAUAGAAGAGAGCAGCAGUUCAAAAAGUACCGGUAAACAACCGGUGGGAGGCUCUGGUGAAGAAGUGGUGGAUGACUGGGAGAAGAUUGUUCAGACGUAUAUAACGGAGACUGUAUGCGUCUGCGUGUGCGAAUGCUGUGAUGAGUCCAUUUCAGAGCUUAGGUGAUAGCCAACGAAGUGCCGUUUUUGUUUUGGCAUCUAUGACGUUUGCUUCGUUUAUUUAUAUAUUAACUAAAACGGCAUGUUUUUUCGUUGUUCAGUUACUGUGAAACGGCAUGUUUUUUUCAAUCAUUGAAGAAAUAUUGUAACGCUUUUUUUUUUCUCUUUUUCUUUUCUUCUUGACAUAAUUAUGCAACAUUAAGGUUGGUUAUUCGUUCAUCAGUAUA